UAGUCGAAUUGCAGCUAACUGAUUGAGCAUAUGAUGGAAUAUGGUAUUGAUUUCUUUAACGGGAUAAUUCUCUCUGCAAGGAGAAUGGAUGAGGUGACAGGAAAUGCAUGUCGAAUAAUUCAUGAAUACUCACAACAAAUAGCUGUUGCUCAGUGCAGUUUAUGCAAGUCUCAUUCGAAUGCGCGCUUAUUUACUAAAUAGCACUAUCCGUCGUCACUUUUCCUUAUUAAUGACCGAAACACGUUACCUGAUCGCUGUUUGUCAGUUAACAUCAACGAAUGAUUUGGAAGCUAAUUUCGAAGUUGCAAAAUGGAUGAUGAGGCGUGCUAAAGAACGCAGAGCAAAGAUGGUUUUCUUCCCGGAGUGUUUCGAUUACGUUGGACAAAACCGUGACGAGAAUGAAGCAUUGGCUUUAACUGAAAGUGACGAUUAUAUUGGUCGGUAUCGAAACUGUGCCAGAGAAUAUGGACUCUGGCUUAGUUUGGGUGGAUUUCACCAAAAGGAUUCUAGUGGAUUGCGGAAACCCUUCAAUACUCAUCUUAUCAUAGAUGACAGAGGAGAAACUCGUGGUGUCUACAGAAAACUUCAUCUAUUCGAUUUAGAUAUCCCUGGGAAAAUGCGAUUAGUAGAAAGCGAAUUUUCAAGUCAUGGGAAUGAAAUUCCGAAACCAAUUUGUACACCUGUGGGAAAUGUUGCUAUGUCCAUUUGUUAUGACUUGCGCUUUGCUGAAUUGGCAUUAUGGUAUCGUAUGAAUGGAGCCCAUAUUUUGACAUACCCGGCGGCUUUCACUGUUAACACUGGCCUCGCCCACUGGGAAACCUUAUUAAGGGCGAGAGCAAUCGAAACACAGUGUUACGUUGUCGCUGCAGCUCAGACUGGUAAACAUAACGAUAAAAGGUCAUCAUAUGGUCAUGCAAUGGUUGUUGAUCCUUGGGGAGCAGUUAUUGCUCAGUGUUCAGAAACUAUAGAUAUGUGUUUUGCUGAAAUAUCAUUAAGUUAUCUGGACGAAGUACGAAAAUUGCAGCCUGUUUUCGAACAUCGGCGUUCUGAGUUGUAUUCACUGAUAGCGGUGCAGAGGAACGAAAUCGGGAAUGAUGUGUAUACGUUCGGUAAUCACAGUAUUCCGUCCGAACACGUUUUUUAUCGCAGUACGUACACAUUCUGUUUCGUAAAUCGAAGCCCUGUACUCCCUGGACAUGUGCUAGUCUGUCCGAUCAGGAAUGCGAAACGACUCACUGAAUUAAGUUUGACCGAAACUUCCGAUUUAUUCAUAACUGCAAAGAAAAUACAGGCAAUGCUGGAAGGCUGCUAUAAAGCUACAUCUUCGACUGUUUGCGUUCAGGAUGGUCCUGAAGCAGGGCAAACUGUUUCACACGUACACGUACACAUACUUCCACGCAAGAAAGGUGAUGUUGGCGGCGAUCCAGAUAAUGUUUAUCGUGAAUUAACUGAGCAUGACAAAGCUGGAAAAAACAAAUUUCGGAAUAAGGAAGAAAUGCAGAAUGAAGCCAAUGUAUAUCGAUGUUUGUUGGUUAAUGGAGAAACCGAGUGAUAAUGUGCACUUGGAAGUAUUUGGUCGUGUACUGUAUUUGCUAGCAUUAAAGACUAACAUAAGUAAAUGGCGUUAAUUAAUGCUAUAGCAAACCAAUCAGUUGUAGGUAAAUUGCAUUGACAAGCAUAAAGGAAGUGUAAAGAAAUAUGCAAGUAAAACCAGCACAUCGCACAAGCGCUGCUCUUUAUGAUAUAAUUUUUUGCUCUGUGUUGUUCACUUCAUGUUAUAGUAAAUAUCUGGAUG